UACGUUUUGCAGCAACUAGUCUUUUGUGUGCUGCUGCGGCUCUCAGUCGGUUUACUUUCUUAAUAUUUGUCUUUAUUGUUAAUAUUGUUUCGGAGAAGAAAGACUACACUUCGUUAUUUAUAUAUAUAUAUCUCCGUGGUGUAUUGAUAGUCGUGAUGAUAAAAAUGUAAAAAAAUAACCACCAAUGUGAUCAGCCGUUUUAUCUGUCACUAUAUAUCAUCGUAUUAAGUUAUACAAAAGGACAAUUUUCUCGCUCACGUCUUUUGUUGUCUUAUUUUUUUUAAGAAGAAAAUUUCUCAUCCACGUAUCUAUAUAAAUAUAAUAUAUUAUUAUACUCUAUUGAAAUCUGCUUUUAUUUUACGAUCAAAAUAAUAAUAAUAAUAGCAUAUUAUAUCCGUGAGUUAUUGGAUUUUACACAAUCAGUGAUAAUACGCAUUAAUACGACUUGAGACGUGGUAAGUUCAAAGUUACUAUACUAUUUUUUCCUUGACGGUUCGUCGUUCACUAAUUAAUAAUAUAUUUUCGGUGCGAAUGAAAAUAACUGCGCAAGAUUUUCAAGUGUAAAUCAUUUUUCGUUUUAAUUAAUUUGAUAUUGAAUUUUUCUUGAAAUUACCACGUGUUUCCGUAAGAAAUAUACGGUUUUUAAUAAUGACGAUAUAAUAUGUAAUAAUAUUAUAUAUUAUUAUUGUUAUCGUCGUAAUUUUAUUACACUAUACUAGGUAGUGUCGGAUUUUUUUUUAUUAUUUUUUUUUUUUCACUUGUUCUUUUACUCUCAGUGACCGCGAGUGAAAGUGAACGUGUGUGCGGCGUGUGAGAUAGAAAAUUUAAUAAUCAUAAUACUACUUACUACUACUACAACUAUUACUACUACUUCGAAUAAUAAUAAUAAUAAUAAUAAUAAUAAUAAUAAUAAUAAUACUAUAACAACGACGACUGCGCGGCGCGUGUGCAGAAAGAAAGUGGAUACGCUCGUUCCGUGACAUUGUGUAUACGCGCAGGAAUCCAAGGUAAACUGCUGCUGUUACUCCUGUUAUUGAAGUGAUAGUUUUUCGAGCGAUAUACUCGCGAAUACUAUUAUUAUUAUUAAAUUAUUAUUUGCUCGGGCCAAGCCCUAUUUGCCGUAUCGCAUAUAUACACACGUACGCGCCGACUUCGAACACGCGCGGGUGAAAGAAGAAAGUGGUGGACACGCGAGCAUAAGAUUCGUGGCGCGCAUUCCUCCGAUAUUCGUCGGUCGUCGUCAAAACCGUCACUCGUCAUCGUCUUCAUCUUCGUCAUCAUCAUCGUCAUCAUAGUUGUCAUCAUCAUCAUAAUCAUCGGAUGUUACGCAAUAACGACGGUUGUAUAGCAGUUAUCGUCGUGUUUCACCGCGGCCUUACGGGUCAAUGUCGUAUCGCCGAAACACCACCGAAACACCACGACAACCGCGACAGAUCUUCGUCAUUAUAACGUUAUAGCGCGUUAUACGGACACAUAUAACAAACAACGACGACAUUAUAACAACAUCGUUAUCGUUAAUAACGAUAAAAAUCACGCGGCCCGUUGAAUACGAGCGCGUUGCCAUGAGGUCAUACUCCAUAAUCGUCAGUGUCAUAGUGAUGCAGUUGUACUGCAAUAGUGCCUCGUCGUCGGGUGGCCACGCGGAUUCCACGCCAUUAGCAGUCAGAUCCAACGAUCGACAGCAUCAGCGGAUAAAUCGCGAUACAGACGGAGGCGGAAGCGGUAGUGGAGACGGUGGUUUAGGUGACGACCACCACAUCGACGACAGAUCGGACGCUUAUGACGGUAACCGUCGUACGGUCAACACGUAUCAUCACGUCAGUGACGGUACGUCUUCGUCGGCUUCUAACGGAGGUGGCUGGAUCAUCGGUGGUAGUCGUCGACGGGCGUCGGCUGGCGCGCACAAGUACCACCAGGACAAGGUGACAUUCGUGGGCGAGUCGGACAACAAGCGGCGGGAACCGGAGGACGACAAGCAGCAGCAGUGGCCGGCGGUCAUCACCGGAUCGGAAGCUGCGUCGUCGCUGUCCGAAGUGCAGGUGGUCGUACACCAGGCACCGCACCUAAACUCGGUGGUGGACGGCGAUCAGCAGCAACCGUCGUCGGACGUGGCGUCCAAGUGGUACUCGAAGCGGUUGUCGUACGCGACCAAGACGUCUCCGGCGGCCGCUUCCGGCACUGCACCGCCUUUGUUGUCGUUGCAGCAGCAACCGGAUGCCGUGGGAAGCAACGCCGUUCUGUUGGCAGAAGUGCUCGGACAAAAGUCCGGUUUCAACACCACCGCCGGCAAGGGCGGCUAUUACGGCGGGCAAACCAUCACCGGUUCCAAAGGCUUUCAAAACGAUCUCAUGGACAUGUUGGGCAAAAUGAUACCUCAGACUUGCUGGUACAACAGCAACAAAUUCGAUUGCGGCCUUAGCAUUUCGUGCGUGCUCGAGGGCGGCAAACCAGUGGACUUGUGCAGUGGCGGCAUGAUAUGGAGCUGUUGCGUGUCCAGAGACAAAAUUCAGACAUCCGGAUCUUCUUCAUCGUCGUCAUCGCCGUCGUCAUCAUCGUCGUCAUCGUCCGUGACGGCGGCGUCGAGUUCGGUGGGAACAAUAGAAAAUGCUACCAUACAGUUCCUGAUGCAAUACCCCGAAUUUCAACAUCACUACAACAUGUAUAUGCAUCAACAACAUCAACAUCAGCAGCAACAACAACUGCAAAUACAACAACUACAACAACAACAACAGCACCAUCACAACCAUCAGCCCCCGACGGUGGCGAGUUACGUGGAUAACUACAUCAACGACAUAAGUCCAUCUUCGCAGUCUUUCGUCACCGAUCAAACUGCCAAACCAUCGUACUAUUACCAACAAGAGCACCAGCAUUACCAUCCGUAUUACUAUCAGCACCACCAGAGUGCCACCGGCGGUCAUUGGCAGAUCAACAGCGCCGGGGCAGUCAGCAGCACGUCAACCAGCACGACUUUACCACCCACGUCACAAAAUUUGCUGUUCCACAGCGAUCACGGAAACGUGUUUUAUUCCACGCAUAAACCACCUCAACUGGCGCCGUUCUCUCACAUCACGCAAAUCGGCAGCGGCAUCGGUGCCGACGAUCAAUUGCAACAGCAACAGCAACUGCAACUGCAGCAACAGCAACUGCAACAGCAGCAACAGCAACAGCAACCGCAACAGCAACAGAGCCAAUUGUUGCACUACAUGCCGUCCGGAUAUCGCGGUUGUGGAGAACUAUAUGCAAGAAGCCAUAGAAUUGUGGGUGGACAUGGAUCAAACUUUGGUACACAUCCGUGGCAGGCCGCUAUCAUCAAGUCAGGGUUUUUAUCAAAAAAAUUGUCAUGUGGAGGUGCUCUACUGAGUAAUCGAUGGGUAGUUACUGCUGCACAUUGCGUGGCCACCACGGCGAAUAAUAAUUUAAAAGUACGGCUCGGUGAAUGGGAUGUACGUGAUCAAUCAGAAAAGUACGCACAUGAAGAAUUCAAUGUGGAGCGCAAAGAAGUACAUCCACAAUACAGUCCUACAGAUUUUCGUAAUGACGUGGCUUUAGUCAAAAUUGACCACGACGUAACAUAUAAACAGCACAUUAUUCCGGUGUGCUUGCCAAGCUCAGCUGCUAAAUUGGUUGGCAAGACAGCUACAGUAGCUGGUUGGGGUCGUACUCGACAUGGAGUUUCAACAGUUCCUACGGUGUUACAAGAAGUGCAAGUCGAGGUGAUACCGAAUGAAAGGUGCCAAAGAUGGUUCCGAGCCGCUGGUCGAAGGGAAACCAUUCAUGAUGUGUUCCUGUGUGCCGGCUACAAAGAAGGUGGUCGGGACAGUUGUCAGGGUGACUCUGGCGGACCGUUGACAACGAUGCUGGACGGACGGAAAACUCUGAUCGGAUUGGUCUCUUGGGGAAUCGGAUGCGGUCGUGAACAUUUGCCCGGAGUUUACACCAAUGUACAGCGUUUCGUGCCGUGGAUCGACAAAGUAAUGACGUGAUAGUAAUAUUCGGGUUUAUGACUUUAUAUUAUGCAAACAUUUAGCUAUUAUAUUUAAAUAUAUUUUAUGUUAUUAUAAAUUAUUCAUAUUUAUGAUCUGUUUUAAUUAGGUACCUACAUUUACCAUUGAUUUUAUUUAUUUAUUUAUGAAAUUAUACAUAUUAUAAUCUAUGUAUACUAUUUAAUAUUUAUGUGAUAAAUGCACGAAUAUUGCGUAACAGUUAGAUAAUAUAAACAAAUUUAAUAAUAGUUAUUUAUCGUUAUGAUUUUGUAAUUUCUCGAUGUCGAAUUGUGCUAUUUUUUUAGUUUAAUUAUUUUGAUUUUCAAUUUAUAUUCAUCAUUCAUGUAAAAUAAAUGUGUACAUACCACCUAUGUUUAAAUUUUAAUAUAAUUACCUAUAUAUAAAUAAUAAAAUAUAUAUGAAUCUAUAUAAAUAUAAUAUAAUAUUAAUCAAAACCAGAAAUGUAAUUAUUCCAUAACUAUGUGUCCCUGGUAAAAAUACGAUUAAUUACCUAUAUAAUAUAUAUAGGUAGCUGUUAUGCAUUAAAUAAAAAUAAAACUAUUGUGUAGAAU